CAGUAUUUGUCUUUCUAUUUGAAAGGAAGGCUUUUUCGAAUCAAUUUAAGUUUUCCAUCAGUAUUAAAAGAAAUGAGUGCCAGUCAAGAAUCAAAUAACGAAGCUGUUGGUCCCGCUACGUCACAGACUGAUCAGCAGGCCGAAGACACGUUACCUGUUGGUUUUUCCCGGCCGAUUGCAAGCAACUGGUGCCAUUCCAUGUCUCAGUUGGUCAAAGUGGAUUUCGAGUGGACCAUUCACCACGUUCUGCGCUACGAGUUGAAUCGACAAGGAGCUGUAAUAUCGGAGCCAUUCUCAGCUCAAGAAAUUCCAAAUUGCAAAUGGAUGUUGCAAGCUCUUUUCGCCUCCAAUCAACAAUCGGGUGUGGUCGUCAAGCUCUCUUCGGCCACUCCCGCCGGUGCCAGUUUAUCCCGAAUUCUAAUCCCAGUUCGAGUCAAAUUUGCAAUCGUCAACAAAAUGCGCGAGAAAGUCUCGCAGAAGGAACUGAAUUUGCCGAGAGGCACUGAAUUGCCUUGCACUCUAAACACUUUUAAUCUGGGUGAUGUGUCCAACAACAGACAGGAGGAUUUGCUGAUUGACAACGCCCAUCUGGCCAUCUACUGCGAAAUCGAAACUUGGGUGGCCAAGGCGGCGCUAACGGGCCGGACGGAGAACUUUCGCGAUCAGCCCCUAUUCAACGACGACGAGUUGAUCCAACAUCUAGGCGGAUUGCAUCAAACCAUGAAAUUCAGUGACGUCACUUUCACCAUUCGCGGCUGCAAGUUUGAGGCCCACAAGGCCAUUCUAUCUGCUAGAAGUCCCGUCUUCGCCGCCAUGUUCGAUCACGAAACCGCCGAGAACUUAUCUCACCAAGUGAAAAUCAACGACGUUGACCCGGAAGUGUUUCAAGAAUUGCUCCGUUUCGUCUACACGGGCCGGAUACCUGCCGAUAAAAUGAAGACGCUGACGACUGGACUCUUGGCGGUUGCCGGGAAAUAUCUUCUCGGGAGUCUGAUGACGGCGUGCGAAAAAUUAUUUGAAGCGGAACGCGCUGAACUUUCUUCGCAGUUUCCCGAACGAGGUGAUGGCCACAGAUGGAUGGAGCACGGCGAAACGGGAUCACUCCACUUGGCUGUGUAGCAUCCAGCAAGCUGCUUUCACUACGACCCGUCCUUCUACCUAAGUUUAUUCAAAGAAAAAAUUUUUGAUUUUCUCUUGAUAGGUUGUUCGGAAAGUUGAAUUUUCUUUUGAGAUUAUGCAAUCGGGAAUUGAAAUUAAUGUUGUUCUUCUAUUGUACCUUGGUAUGUUGGAAUGAGGAUUCAUCGAGAAAUACAAAGGUUUCUUUUUCUAAACUA